AUGGGACAACUUGGGAAGAAAUAUGGUGUUGAUGACGAGGGAAAAAAGAAGUAUGUCGUUGGAAAGUGGAUCAAGUUUCAAAUGGUUGAUGAUAAGCCAAUCAUGGAACAGGUUCACGAGUAUGAGAACUUGACUGCUGAUAUUUUGAACGAGGGCAUGAAGAUGUAUAGGUUUAAAGGAAAACAGAAAAAAGGACAUGUGAAGAAACAGAAUUACUUCAAUAAGCCAAAGGGCCAUAUUCAAAAGUCGAAAGGACCUUGCUAUGUCUGCGGCAAAAUUGGUCACAAGGCUUUUCAGUGCAAUCAGAGACAAGGACAAAGCUCAAAGAACGGAAGUAAAGCUCCAGCCCAAGCUAACCUUACUGAGGGUGGUGAUGUCAUUGUUGUUGUGGUUGUUGAGGCGAACAUGGUGGCUAACAAGACUAAUUGGAUAGUGGACACAUGCGUUUCAAGUCACCUUUGCGCUAAUAAGGAGCUAUUUCACGACUUUGAGGAAUCUGCUGAUGGCGAGUGUGUCUACAUGGGUAACUCCACUACAGCUGGAGUUAUGGGUAAAGGAAAUAUUCUCCUUAAGUUAAUUUCUGAAAAAAAACCUUUGCCUUGA